AUGGCUCUAUAUUUAAGACAAUUAUGUGCACAAUUUAGAAACAUACACGUUCAAACAUCUAGUAAACUACUCAAGAACGUAGUGGAUGCAAAUGCAGAAAAGAAUGAAAGAAACGAAAUUGUGAAGAAAGUAAACGAUCUCGUGGCGAAUAACGCUCACGGGAGACUCUUCGCAGUGGUGCAUCUGGCUGGCAAGCAAUUUAAGGUAACCGAUGGUGAUGUUAUCAUCAUCGAAGGCUACUGGCCCCCGGACGUCGGAGAUAAAAUUACGUUAGACAAAGUAAUGUUGGCGGGUUCGGCGGAUUUCUCGUUGAUCGGCCGGCCGAUUUUAGAAAAGGGCCUGGUCAACGUGCAAGCCACAGUUAUCGAGAAAACUAUGUCGCACACGAAAACCCAUUUCCGAAAGAAGCGGAGAAAGCAGUACAUGAGGACCCACUUCUACAGGGUCCCUCAGACGUUCUUACGAAUUAACGAAGUCAGCAUUCAAGAUGAAGUCGACAAUCCCAAAGAAGUUAGAGGUUUAGAGACGGCUGUAUUUUAG